AUGACGUUCGCGAUUUCCACUUUUGCGUUUCUUGUACUCACUGCGACCGCCGCAUUCGGAUGCCUCUACAAAGGCGAAAAAUACAAAAACGGCGACACUUGGAUCGCGCGAUCUACAUUCGUUCUUCGGUGUGAUAUUUCAAAAACGGGCUGGAAGACCACAGUGAUCGGAUGUCGAACAGCUGAAGGUGUCGUCGUGAUGCCAGGACAAACCGUUUUUGAAGGAAAUACGAAUUACGAAUGUCUUAAAGAGAGCGACGGAACUGUUGAAAUUCGGCGAACUCUAAAUUUGAAGAGACGCAAGAGUUGUGGUGAUCGUUCAAUUGGUGAAUCAUGGAUCUUUGAAAAGAGUUUCAUGGCGAAGUGCACAGAAUCCGGUGUACGUAUUACCGAUUGCAUAUCAGAUUCUGGAAUACCUGUUCCUUUAAAUGGUUCAUUGGUUCUUAGUGGAGUUAAAUAUGAUUGCGUAAUGGAGAAAAAUGGCAAAAUAUCUCUUCAUCGUGACGCAGCUCCUCAACAAAUUGUUGGCGUUCGAGCAACUACCCUAAGUCCGCUUGAAAUCCUUGGGCCGAUGUUCAAAACGUUCGGAGGAGAUUUGGACACAGCCCUCGAAAAUGUCAAAGAAGAGGUCGAGGUUACGCCAACUAAGGAAAUGGUUGAAGCCACUGAGACAACAUGCAAUUUCGAAGGCGAAAAUCGACGAAUUGGAGAAAUCUGGAUUUCCGACGGAAUUUUCACAAAAAAGUGUACCGAAGAUGGGGCGACAGUGAUUCUCAACUGUAUUGUCGAUGAGAAAACAAUUAUCAAUGUUGACACCGAGUUGACAAUUGGGAGAAAAACUUACAAAUGUUACAGAAAAAAAUCGGAAAACCGCGUUUUCUAUGAAGUUCGAAUCAAUUAA